AUGGGUUCCUUCAUUGUCAUGCUGGGGAAGAUAGUGGGUGAUGUGCUGCGCUUUCUUUUCUUAUAUGCAGAGAUCUACGUCCCAUAUGCCUGUGCUUUCUGGAUUAUAUUUGGAGGCUUAACAGCUGUACCUAGUAUGCAAACAGUGCCGCAGAUGCACUAUAGCCUGUACCGCAUAACCCUUGUGGAUGAGUAUGAAUUUGAUGCCAUGGUGGCUGUGGACCCUGUUAUGGCUCACUUGCUCUGUGGUACGUUUCUGGCCCUUUCUGCUGUUCUGUGUGUCAACCUAAUGAUUGCCCUGCUCUCGGACACCUUUCAAAGAGUAUAUGACAAUGCACUGGCGAAUGCAGUGAUGCAACAGGCGUCAAUCAUCCUCCAGGUAGAAGAAUCCAUGCCUUAUCUGCGACACUUCUAUGACAAACGGUAUAUCCACACUUGCUGUGCUCCACUCAGAGAGUUUUAUGAUCAUGACAUCAUAACAGAUCCAGAUCAGCAUGAAGAGAUGAAGAAACUUACAGCAGAAAUUAAGGUACAAUCUACACACACCCUGCAUUGA